GUUACAAAUCUCGAAACAAUCCAGUCAAAUGUAAGAAAGGCCAUCAAUGACAAAUUCCCGCUCUACUGUCUUGGUUUUGGUUUUGACGUGAAUUUUGAGUUCCUUAAGAAGAUGUCGCUGCAGAACAACGGUGUGGCACGACGGAUUUAUGAGGACUCUGAUGCUAAUUUACAGCUGAAGGGUUUCUAUGAAGAAGUGGCCACUCCUCUGUUGACAGAUGUGACAAUGAUCUACACAGGCGGCAUCAAUCUAACCAAGACUAACUUCAGCCAGUAUUAUAAUGGCUCUGAGAUUGUGGUUGCUGGUCAAAUCACUGACAAUGACAUUGAAACCUUCACUCCACAAGUUGUGGCCAUUUCAGGGGCUAGAAGGGUAAAGUUUUCUGACACUGACACCAUGGUGGAGUCCCCUGGAACAGUAUCUGGCAACCAUCUCCAGAGGGUUUGGGCCUACCUCACAGUCAAACAACUUCUAGAGAAAGA